CUCUGGUUGCUAUGGAAGGUUAUCAAGUGCAAAAACCCGGCUGAGGCAACGACAGCACCCCGCGGAAACAUAUUGAACUUGCCGGUGGGACCUGGAGAUACGGAGUAAACACGGACCUCUGAGGUGCGUCUAGGUUUGCAGCACUAAGAGUGAGUGAGUGAUUAAGUGUGUCAGAUUCAGUAUGUCUGCAUGGCUGCAGCAGGAGGAGGCUGGUCCAACCAGUUCUGCUGAAGCCAAGAAAUCAGAGCCUAGAGGCCAAGAGAAGAAAUGCUCAUGGGCUUCUUACAUGACAAAUUCCCCCACCGUGAUCGUCAUGAUCGGCCUCCCUGCCAGAGGCAAGACGUACAUGUCGAAAAAACUAACUCGCUACCUCAACUGGAUAGGAGUUCCAACAAAGGUGUUUAAUCUGGGUGUGUACCGGAGGGACGCAGUUAAAGCGUACAAGUCAUAUGAUUUCUUUAGACAUGACAAUGAGGAGGCCAUGAAAAUACGGAAACAGUGUGCAUUGGUGGCUUUGCAAGAUGUCAAGAUCUACCUGAAUGAGGAAGGUGGACAAAUAGCUGUAUUUGAUGCCACAAACACAACUCGGGAGAGGCGGGAUCUCAUAUUGGAUUUUGCACAGGAGAAUGCAUACAAGGUGUUUUUUGUGGAGUCAGUAUGUGAUGAUCCAGAGGUUAUUGCUGCUAACAUACUGGAAGUCAAAGUUUCAAGUCCGGAUUAUCCAGAAGCACACAGAGAGAGAGUUAUGGAUGACUUCCUGAAACGUAUUGAAUGUUAUAAGGUCACUUACCAGCCGCUAGAUCCUGAUGAAUAUGACAAAGACCUGUCCUUUAUUAAGGUGAUAAAUGUGGGACGUCGUUUCCUGGUGAACCGUGUUCAGGACUACAUCCAAAGCAAGAUUGUCUACUACCUCAUGAACAUCCAUGUACACUCGCACUCCAUCUACCUGUGCAGGCAUGGAGAGAGUGAACACAACAUCCAGGGGCGCAUUGGAGGAGACUCUGAACUCUCUUCUCGAGGGAGACAGUUUGCGAGUGCCCUGCAUGAGUUUGUUGAGGAGCAUAAGCUGUCUAACCUGAAGGUUUGGACAAGCCAGUUGAGGAGAACCAUCCAGACGGCUGAGGAGCUGGGAGUUCCCUAUGAACAGUGGAAAAUCCUCAAUGAGAUAGACGCUGGUGUUUGUGAAGAGAUGACCUAUGAAAUGAUCCAGAACACAUUCCCAGAGGAAUUUGCUUUAAGAGAUCAGGACAAGUACCAUUACAGAUAUCCAGGAGGAGAGUCAUAUCAGGACCUGGUUCAGCGACUGGAGCCUGUAAUUAUGGAGCUUGAGAGACAAGGCAAUGUACUAGUCAUCUGCCAUCAGGCGGUAAUGCGGUGCCUACUAGCCUAUUUCUUGGACAAGAGUGCAGAUGAUCUUCCCUAUUUGCUAUGUCCUCUUCAUACUGUCAUGAAGCUCACUCCUGUUGCCUACGGUUGUAAAGUGGAGAUGUUUCAUUUGAAUGUGGAGGCAGUGAACACACAUCGGGACCGACCGCUGCAGGGGAAAGUGAGACGAGACUGCGCUCCUCUGCUGUUAAGGCGGAAUAGUUACACCCCUCUGUCCAGUCACGACCAGGUUAAGCGUCCCCGUCUCUACAGCGCUGGCAACCGGCCCUGGCUGCCCCUCACCCCCUCCCCCACCACCCUGCACUUCCCAAACACACCAGACGGGGCACUGCUGCUCCAGCAAAGCCAAUCUCGUGUGGUUGGCAGCCAUCUGACUCCGUGUGUGAAGGAAUCAACUUUGACUGCUCAGACGAAGUUAAUGACUGUUUCCGCUUCUGAGUGAGACUGAGAGGAAGUUUGCCGAAAUCCUGCAUGAAAAUGAAACUUUGCUUCUAGAUUUUCCCACUCCUCACUUUCUGCUUGCACUAUCAGUGAUGGGACUACAUUUCCCAUCAGCCCCCAAAUAGCAGAUCGCCACUGCUGUGGCAACAAACAAUUCUGGCACUUAAAUUUUCUUGCUUAUUUUAAGCGAUGAUGCCUUAUUGAAGCUAAAGGAGACGCUCUGAACUGAAUGCAUUUGCACUUGAUCAUAUAAAUGAUGAUAACCUUCACACAAAGUUGGUGUUGCAACACGGUUUGGUUUGCAAUAAUGUAUUUUCACAAUCAUUAUUAUUACGACAUCCUCAUACAUACCACAGUCAGUCACGAGCAAGAACAAAAAUUCAGGAAAUCAGAUAUUUGACGGAGACAGAGCGAGUUUGUACAUUUUAAGUAUGUUUGUGUCUUUAAAGGAAUGCACUACACGAGAGUUUAAAACACUCAAAUAUUUUUCUUUAUAUGUUCCUCAAAAAACCAAGUUAUUUAUGUCACAUUUUUCUAGAAACCCAUUGUUUUUUUGCAUUUGUGAAAACACAAAGAGGAUUUAUAGAAUGAGGUAUUUACUGUAAUUGAAGUAUAUUUUAUAGGUCAGGUCUCUGCUAAUGAUGCUAGUUUUGUAAUAUACAGAUGUUUUCAUGAAGGUUUUGAAUGUAGUCUGUGCUUCAUAAGCAAGAAAUGUUUGUCUGGCUAUUUAAACUUAAGUGACUAGCAUAACUAGACUUUAUAUUUCUGUGUAAGGAGCUACACAACUUAUAUUUCAGUCAUCGGAAUAUCAUCAAAUAGCACUGCAAUAAUAUAGCCAAAAUUAUACAUAACAUGCCAUCAUUUAUGGUUGAAUGUUUAAGCGGAGAAUGUCUGAAGUAUGGUACAUGUUCAGUACUUUAUUUAGCAUUUCGAUCAUAGGACAUUACGCUGCGAAAUUUUAAAUGCUGUGACAAAUAUUUGACAAAAAUACUCUGAAUUAAAUAUAAAUGCUGCAUGCAUAACAAAAAAGCAUAAAUAAACUUAUGCUAUUCAAAAUACUUUACAGUAUGUCACUCCACAUAGCUUUCAGUUUAUUGUCAGCUACUCAUAAUCCUCACCUGAAACAUCCAGACAUCAUCAUUAUCAUCAGAUGUGCAUGGUGCUCUAUAGAACAUGCAAAACUGCAGUUAAGAUAUCCAAGCAUGCAUUUCAAUUGCCCUCGUAUUGACUGGAUCGAUAGCUCAGUACACGUUGCACAAAAUGUCACUUUAAAUUGUUCCAAUGCCACAAUAUAUAAUAUUUGAAUCAUUUUGAGACUCUGUAAAAUGGCCUGGAAUGUAUUGCAGCAUUGGUUUCUCUAAUACAUAAAUUAAACAUCUCCUGUAACGUCA